AUGGCUCCUCCGAAAUUAGAGUGUCCAGUCCAUAUAGGCCUACGAACAGACGGCCAGUCUAUAGUCAAAGGAGCCCCUGGAGUUCCCCACUCCAUACCUCGUAUAGAGACAACCAUCGAAAUCCGAUGUUCCAAGCUGACGCUGUUCACGUGUCGCCUGAUUGGCGUGGAACUCAGAACAGAGCAAAGAGCUAUCGUCUCUUCAAAACUCGGUUCCAGCGAGCCCAUGAAAGAGUAUCGAAUGUGCAAAGAUCCCAUGGUGUAUGCUCCACCCAUGGGCCAAUUCUACCAAAAGCUUUUGGGCCUAGACGUGCCCAUCCUACUACCGCUUCCCAAAAGCAUAACUCUGAGUGGAUAUUUCCCCAAUUGGAACGCCUCCACGGUCCACUACUUGUGUGUGCGUUUCACAGGCGGAACUUCUGCCCACACUGAAUUUUCAUUCGAGGAAAAGUUUCCUAUCCCUAUUAAAAUGUACGAUACGCUUCCUUUGUACCGUCAAUUCAAUGAGCCUGUGGUCGAACAAAGGCCGUCUGCUGAUAAUCAAGUGCUUGUGGAUCUUGAGCUACCUAUCAGCUCUUUAGGUCCCUCGGACCAGUUCCACCUCCGAGUCAAAAUCGCAGGCAACCCAUUACACAAUAAAAGAAAGAAGAAUUUACGUCUUAAGCUGGUCACCAUGCAACUAAAGGAGCACAUGCAAGGUUUCGACUCGGGGCUCCCACCAAAGAGAGAGUUGAAGUUGAGAAGUGAUACCAGGGAGUGUGAUAGACUCAUCACCGCAGACGGAUCAACCCAUAUAUUCGAGUUCCCUUUCCCUUUCACUAACGACUUUCUAAGGCAUUUUAGCAUUUCAGAUGCUACUGAGUCAUACACAGACGAAUUGACCGUGAAGUUCCCUAGUGCCACUUUCAACAAAAACAGAAACCUCUCCAAAGUACCUGAGGGCGUUCCAGUCACACAUACGCAGGGGUUUACAACCAUUGGCCGACUCUUUUCUUUGCGCUACGAGAUAAUAGUGAAAGUGAAGAUAAGUCACGGAAAGGACACAGAGGUACACUUGCCUUUGACGGUAUCUCCUUUUGACCGACUGAGCAGCGAGUAUCUCCUCAGCUGGAUCAAGGGAGAAUGUUUAGUAGCCCGUGACCGCUUUGGCAAAGACGUGGUGAAUAAUGCGGCUGCAACAUUUAAGGACGAAGAAGUACAUAUGAUGCUUCAGAGGUUCUGUCUUGGGCCAAGACUCUAUCACUCAAACCGAUCUGACUAUGAAGCUCUUGGGUGCUCACUUGACACUUACGGACGCCUGCUAGUCAGCUGUAUAGAAUGA